AUGGAGAACGUGAACGCAACGACUGUGAUAGCAACGGGGGCGAGGAGCCACGACGACGAAACGAGCGAAGUAAGAAAAGCUAUGGCGGAAUUGGAGGAGUGGAUUGAAAAGAAGGUGGAGGCGAUUUCCGCGCUGGCGGACGCGAUCGGGACGGAAUGGGCGAGCGGCGUGGCGCCGUCAUCUCUGGGUAUUAAGACAGGGCGCAAGCGAGCUCGCCUGGCGGAUGGCUCUUCCUCAGAGCCAAUGAUGAUGCAGCAUCUGGCAGCCCUGUCAGCCCAUGCGGAAGCCAUCCGCGAGAAGGUGCGCGGAGUGGGGAGAUCAGUGCGCGGACUUGAGGGGCGGAAGGCGGGAGGAGGAAUAAUGGAGAGCGGAGAGGAGCGGGGAGAAAACAUGGAGAGGCAAACUGUGGGGGAGGAGGAGAAGGAGGAUCAGGGUCAGGAGGAAAAGGAGGACGAGGGGGGUGAGGGGGAGAAGGAGGCGGAAGAGGAGGAGGAAGGGGAGGAAGAGGGGGGAAUGAGAGACGAGGACGAGGAGAAGAAAAUUGAAUUGGUAGACAAGACGACGGAGGAAGGGGGUGAAGAAGAGUGGAAGCGUGAAUCUGGUGGAGAAGCAAGGGAGGAGAUGCAGGAAGCUGUGCUGGGAGAUGGGCGAGGGGAGGAGCCGGGAGACGAGACAAAAGAGAAAGGGGUUGAAGAAAAGAUGGAUGGGGACUCUACUGGAGGAGUAAUGGAGGAGAUGGAGCAAGCAGUGGGAGAAGGGCGAGGGGAGGAGCCAGUGGAGGCAGUAGGAGCAGGGCUUGGGGGAGAGGGAAGAGAAGGACACUCGGCAGAGAGGGAGGGAGCGGCAGAGAGGGAAGGAGCGGCAGAGAGGGAAGGAGCGGCAGAGAGGGAAGGAGCGGCAGAGAGGGAAGGAGCGGCAGAGAGGGAAGGAGCGGCAGAGAGGGAAGGAGCGGCAGAUAGGGAAGGAGCGGCAGAGAGGGAAGGAGUGGCAGAGAGGGAAGGAGCGGCAGAGAGGGAAGGAGCGGAAGAGAAUUGUGAAAAUAACGCCAAAGAUGCAGAGGAGGACGCAAUGGAGGAAGGCGUUGGGGAUAAUUAUGACCUGGUUGAGGUGAGAGGUGGCAAUGAGGUGAGAGGUGGCAUUGAGGUGAGAGGUGGCAUUGAGGUGAGAGGUGGCAUUGAGGUGAGAGGUGGCAUUGAGGUGAGAAGUGGCAUUGAGGUGAGAAGUGGCAUUGAGGUGAGAGGUGGCAUUGAGGUGAGAGGUGGCAUUGAGGUGAGAGGUGGCAUUGAGGUGAGAGGUGGCAUUGAGGUGAGAGGUGGCAUUGAGGUGAGAGGUGGCAUUGAGGUGAGAGGUGGCAUUGAGGUGAGAGGUGGCAUUGAGGUGAGAGGUGGCAUUGAGGUGAGAGGUGGCAUUGAGGUGAGAGGUGGCAUUGAGGUGAGAGGUGGCAUUGAGGUGAGAGGUGGCAUUGAGGUGAGAGGUGGCAUUGAGGUGAGAGGUGGCAUUGAGGUGAGAGGUGGCAUUGAGGUGAGAGGUGGCAUUGAGGUGAGAGGUGGCAUUGAGGUGAGAGGUGGCAUUGACUUUGCCUCUCCCGCUCGUUCUCGCCCCUUUCGCCCUUUCCAUUCCUUUUUCCUCCUUCCUGAAUUUCCACCCCUCGUUGCUGAAAACGGAAUGGGGCAGGACAAUGGCGACGGGGAAGGGAACGAAGCUAGAGAGAUAAUGCAGGGAAGCAUGGAGGAGAGGAGGGGAGGGGAAGGCGUGGUGGGGAGGGCAGGCGGGGAGCAGAGUGGUGCAGGAGAGGCAGAUGGGUUGGUGGGGAACGACCUGGUAGCGUCUGUGGAGCGAUGGGCGCAAGAGGCGGGGCUGUGCGGAGCAGCAGCAGUAGAGCACGGCGCAGCAGCAGCUGGGCAGGUGCAGAGUGCACCGGUGGGGGGAGAACCCACCAAUGGUGAAGAGGCAUUCAGGGCGCGGCUGCAUGAGAAAAUCGACGCCUUGCUUCUGCUCAUCCCUGCUGACAAGCAGACCCCCAUCGCGCCAAACGCCCUGUCCUUCAUCCAGCCCUUGUCUCGCCUGCGCCAACUCGUGCUCGAUUGCCCCGGGCCCUCAACGCUGGCCUUCAAAACGGCGCCCGGGCAAUUAAAGAACCUCAAAGUGCUGCACUUGAGCCAGGUGACCAACGCAGUUCUGGAGCACGUGGGCGUGCUCACGAGCCUUGAGAUUCUCUCCUGCACGUGCUGUGAGGGGGUGACUUUCAUCGGAUGGAUGUGCCUCGCCGGGUUAAAACGGCUGAGGCAGCUCUGCGUGGCUGCAGCGGAUCUGGACCGUCGUGGUCUGAGGAUGGACUAUCCCAAUGGAAGCUUGCCAGUGGUCUCGCAAGUGUUUGCAAGGCCACAGAAGAAGCAUGGGGGCGUUUUUUGGGAGAGCUUUCAAGAACGCUCACGCUUGAGACGCUUGGAGGGAUUGCCGAGCCAAGAUGACGACAGUGGGGUGUGGAAUUUGCUGAGCUCGCUGCGUAUUCUUAAUCACCUGGAGCUGCAUGCACCACCGCGCUACAAGCACGCCUACACGGCACUCCACGAGCUACAGCUUCUUACCACUCUCUGCGUCACCGGGGCUUUCCUCGACAAUGAUGCGUUCACACGCUUGACUCGCGUCACGUGGCUCACCCACCUCAGCCUGCCUGGCUGCACCUUCACAACUGACAGCGUGGUGAUGAAAAUAGCAGCUGCCAUGCCGAGGCUUGAGUCCCUGGACCUGUCGGGAACGACAAUCACCAAAGACGACACCGCGGACCUGAAAUACUGCAAGCAAUUGGAGCGCUUGACGCUGCAGCAGUGCCGCCAUGUGGGCGUGUCGUUCUUGCAGUACCUCAGCCUUGUGCCUCGGCUUAAGGUGCUGGAUUUGGGCUUCAACAACAUGCCGGCUGAUUGGUUGAGGGAUAUUCUGCAAGGGAAGCGGGUGAGGCGGCUGAGCGUGAGGGGGUGUGGGUACAAGGAGAAGACUCUGCGUGGGCUUGAGCGGCCUUGGAUUGUGAUUGAGUCGUGA